AAAAAAAAAUCAUAUAACACAAAAAACUCCCACAAAACAUUCUUAUUACAUAUCAUAUAUCUAUCUAUCAACUGUACCACACUCAUACACACAUAUACAUCUUAUACACAAAUAAAUAUUCAAAUUGGGUACAGUUAAAAGGGAAAACUAGUCAUACACAUAAUACAAACACACAACAACCAUUACAAUGACACCAAGAGACAAUUCAAGUAAAAGGAUGGAGCGCCGAAACACACAGAGUGACUCUACGAUCCGUAACCAAAUCCACAACAAUACAAGGGAGCGCCAACACAUACACAAAGCGACUCUACGAUCCAUACACAAAUUAUCAAUGCAAUCGAAUGGAUGGAGCACCGAAACACACAGAGCGACUUUACGAUCCACACAAUCAACACAACAAACCAAAAGGAUGGAGCACCAACACAUACACAGCGUGACUUUACGAUCCAAGGAACAUCACAAAGAAUUACAACAAAAAUACGAACGGAUGGAGCGCCGACGCACAUACAGAGCGACCUUACGAUCCAUUAUACAACAAUUUAAACGAUGUGGGACCAUCUUUUUCUGGGCCCGAGGAGGUGUGUUACCCCGAGAACCACC